CUGUCGUCAUGUGCUGUCGGUUUUUACUUCUAUUUGCCAUUUUCUGUGGCUAUCCGAAUCUUGGGCUCGGCUCUCCGCAAAAUGACCAAGGCUACCAAGUUGUGGGCGUGCCGUGUGCCGUCAACGAGGAGGUCAGCUGCAUGAUCGUCAAGUGUCCGGCGGGUCGCUUUUGUCCGGCGGAGAAUUACUGCUACAAUCCGCGGUGCGUCUGUCGGCGCGGCUAUCGCAGGAGCCAUGGCGUCUGUGUCCAGAAACAUGUGACGCUCAAUCUCGAUGCUGAGGCCCUGAACUCAGCCCUGCUCCAAACGCGAUUUCGAUAAUGUCAUAAUUUGUUCCAUUUUUCUGUUUCUUAGCAAAUUACAUUUUAAACUGAUCAUAA